AUGGUUGCUCAAGCUAUUCCAACCUAUUCAAUGCAAUGUUUUGCUAUCCCGGUGGGUAUUUUGAAAGAGAUGGAAUGGGUGUGUCGUGCCUUUUAUUGGGGACAGCGAGGAAAUGAGAAGAAAGUUGCUUGGAUUCCAUGGGAAAAACUUUUUGUAUUUAAGAAGGAGGGAGGUUUGGGCAUUCGUAAUCUACAGUCUUUUAAUGUGGCUCUCUUAGCCAAGCAGGCGUGGCGAGUGAUGACAAAUACUAGCUCUUUGAUGACAAAAACCCUGAAGAACAAGUACUUCCCGAAUACUACUUUUCUCGAAGCGAAAGCAAGUCCGGUUGCUAGCUAUACGUGGCGAUCCAUCUUAUCUUCACGAAAGCUGGUGGAAAAGAAUGCCAUUAAAGUUGUGGGAGGGGGUCUCUUAAUUAGUGUGUGGCGUGACCCUUGGAUUCGUGGCCUGCCACACUUCAAACCGCUCCCGAGAAGGGGCUGUACAGAGGAAUUACCCCAAAAGGUCUCUGAUUUAAUGAAUAAUGGGCAAUGGGAUGUUUCGACUUUGCAGGAGGUGUUUUCUACGUGGGAGAGGCGGGAAAUUCAAAGAAUUCCGGUGUCGGUAUUUGGAGGUGAGGAUACGUGGGCAUGGGUUGGAACAAAGGACGAGGUCUUUUCUGUAAAAAGUGCUUACUAUGCGCACUUGAAAGGAAAAAAUGAUGAUCAUGCAACCAGCUCGGAUAAUCAAGCCCUCUCAAUCUGGGGGAAGGUUUGGAAGGCAAAGGUGGCCCCAAAAGUGCUGAAUUUCGGCUAG